ACUCUAUAUAGCGUGUCCAUGAUGGUGACUCGCAGAACCUCUUGAAUACUCAUCUUAGUAACCUCAAACUCCAAACUAGAGAAUCGAAGAAGAAAUCGUGUGUUUGUUUCAUAUAUUCGUGUAUAAAAUAAGUGACUAAAAUGCCGGAAAGCACCAAAACAGAAACAAAACCGGUUAAAGAAGUGAAGAACGGAAAAGAAGACGAUAAAAAUGAACUGUCAGAAGAAGAUAAACUUCUACAGGAAGAAUUAACUUUGCUCGUGGAGCGCCUGCAGGAUGCUAACACCAAACUGCACUAUCCUGCCUUAGAAUCCUUGCGUUCGCAUAUUCGUGCAUCAACAACAUCAAUGACAAGUGUUCCGAAGCCAUUGAAAUUUAUGCGACCUCACUAUGAUACUAUGAAAAACAUACAUGAAAAAAUGACCAAUGUAAAAAAUAAGGAAUUAUGUUCAGACGUUAUUUCCGUUUUGGCAAUGACAAUGGGUGAGGGCCGGGAGUGUUUAAAAUAUAGACUAACAGGCUCCGCACUGGCAAUUGGUGAAUGGGGACAUGAAUAUGUUAGACAUUUAUCAGGAGAACUAGCAGGAGAAUGGGACGAGGUAACAGGUGACAACGUUGAAGCAACGAACAAGAAACUUAUCGCUCUGGUGCACGAGAUUGUACCCUACAACAUGGCACAUAAUGCAGAAACAGAAGCAUGUGACCUCCUAAUGGAGAUUGAGAGGUUGGACUUGCUAGAACAGUACGUUGAUGAAAGUGCUUAUCAGCGAGUAUGUCUUUAUCUUACGAGUUGCGUAUCAUAUGUAGCUGAUCCAGAGAACAGCACCCUUCUUCAUGUCGCCUGCAAGUUAUAUCGUAAAUUUGGUCAAUAUCCGCAAGCAAUUAGGCUGGCGAUGCAACUGAACGAUUUGCCACUUAUUGAAUCGAUCUUCACAAACUGUCGAGACCUUUCUGUGCAAAAGCAACUAGCCUUUAUGCUAGGUCGUCAGCAAAUCUUCCUGGAACUACAUGAAGCUACGAUAGAAGACGAUGAUCUCUUUGAGAUAAUGUCUAACUCCCACUUGAACAAUCACUUCCUGAACUUGGCACGUGAAUUGGAUAUAAUGGAGCCAAAGACACCUGAGGAUGUCUAUAAAUCUCAUUUGGAGAACUCGCGACCACCAUAUGGUGGUGGUCAAGUUGAUUCAGCACGGCAGAAUCUUGCAGCAAGUUUCGUCAACGGUUUUGUAAACGCUGCAUUUGGCCACGAUAAACUGUUGAUUGAGGACGGUAACAAAUGGCUGUAUAAAAACAAGGAGCAUGGCAUGCUGAGUGCGACUGCAUCUCUAGGUCUGAUCUUACUAUGGGAUGUCGAUGGUGGCCUGACGCCGAUCGAUAAAUAUUUAUAUUCGUCGGAAGACUAUAUCAAGUCUGGCGCUCUAUUGGCUUUUGGAAUUGUCAAUUGCGGCGUCAGAAACGAGUGUGAUCCUGCCUUGGCUCUGCUUUCUGAUUACGUGUUGCAUAGUAGCAACACUAUGCGCAUUGGCGCCAUUGUCGGUCUUGGUAUUGCGUACGCCGGUUCAAACAGAGAAAGCGUGUUAGGUUUGCUGACACCGGUUCUCAGUGACACCAAGUCGAGCUGGGAAGUCUUAGGUAUGACUGGUUUAGCAUUAGGAAUGGUUGCUGCUGGUUCUUGUAACGCUUAUGUCACUACAGCGAUUAUGCACACAUUAAUGGAUAAGUCGGAAUCUGAUCUCAAAGAUACAUAUGCGCGAUUUUUGGCACUUGGUUUGGGAUUGUGCUUCCUAGGUAAACAGGAAGCGGCAGAAGCAAUCAUAGCAGCUUUAGAGAUCGUUCAUGAGCCAUUCAGGUCGAUGUCGACAACACUGGUGGAGGUAUGUGCAUAUGCUGGUACAGGAAAUGUCCUCAAGAUCCAACACUUGUUGCACAUCUGUUCAGAACACUAUGAAUCAAGCAACGAGAAGGAGGAAAAAAGCGAGCGUAAGGACAAAGAUAAGAAAGAGGAGAAGAAGGAAGAGAAAGAGAAAGAUCUCAGUUCCAGACAGGCUAUCGCCGUUCUUGGCAUUGCCCUGAUCGCUAUGGGAGAGGAGAUUGGUGCCGAGAUGGCUUACAGAACCUUUGGCCACUUGCUACGUUAUUGCGAACCCGUGAUUCGCCGCUCGGUACCACUCGCCCUGGGUCUUAUCUCUGUAUCGAAUCCAAAACUAAACAUCUUGGAUACGCUGUCAAAGUUCUCGCACGACAGUGAUCCCGAGGUAGCGCACAACGCAAUAUUUGCCAUGGGACUGGUCGGUGCCGGCACGAAUAACGCGCGAUUAGCCGCCAUGCUGAGACAGCUGGCUCAAUUCCACGCGAAAGAUCCCAACAAUCUCUUCAUGGUGCGCAUCGCACAAGGCUUAACGCAUCUGGGUAAGGGUACGCUCACCCUAUCGCCUUAUCAUAGUGACAGACAGCUGCUCAGUCCUGUUGCUCUAGCCGGUCUUCUGUCGACGCUAAUCGGUUUCCUGGACGUAAAAAACAUUAUUCUCGGACGUUCACAUUACCUCUUGUAUACGCUGGCUGCUGCAAUGCAACCCAGAAUGCUAGUAACAUUCGAUGAGGACCUGAAUCCACUGGCUGUACCAGUAAGAGUUGGACUUGCCGUCGAUGUUGUCGGCCAAGCGGGCAAACCGAAGACCAUCACAGGCUUUCAAACGCACACCACUCCGGUGUUGUUGGCAUAUGGUGAGAGAGCUGAACUUGCAACUGAGGAAUAUGUACCACUAACACCAAUUAUGGAAGGUUUUGUAAUCUUAAGAAAAAAUCCAGACUUUAUACCUUAGUCAUAAAUUUUGUCGAUCAUCAAUGUACCUCGUACUGAAUUACUUAUAAGACAGAAUAAUAUAAUAAAAGUAUCUCAUUUCAUUUUACG